GUCCCCAACCAGGCUGCUGUUCAUUACGAUUUCUUGCCGUACGAGCGAAUCCAAAAACUCCCGCCAACUCUCGAUCCAGUUCUUCCACUUCGCCCUAGCCGCUUCGGGGUUCCGAAGAUUUUUCUUCCGUAACAUGGAUGUGGGCGACCUUAACAAAGUUUGGGAAAUUAAAGCCCUGAAGAAGGCUGGGGAGAAAGAAGCUAAGGAGAUUCUGGAGAGAAUUGCCAAACAAGUUCAACCCAUUAUGCGGAAACGCAAAUGGCGAGUCAAGGUCCUUUCGGAAUUCUGCCCAAAAAAUCCUGCACUUUUAGGAUUAAAUGUGGGACGUGGAAUUCAUGUGAAGUUGAGGCUUCGAAGGCCAAAUAGGGAUGGAGAUUUCUUCCCCUUCAAUCAAGUUUUGGAUACAAUGUUACAUGAGCUUUGUCACAAUCUCAUCAGUCCUCACAAUGCCAAUUUCUACAAGCUUUGGGAUGAACUUCGAAAGGAAUGUGAGGAGUUGAUGGCUAAGGGAAUUAGUGGCUCAGCACAGGGCUUUGAACUCCCGGGGAGGCGUUUGGGUGGUAAAUCUCAACAACCCCCUCUCUCUUCCCUCCGCAAAUCUGCCUUAGCCGCUGCAGAAGGAAGAAAACGUUUGGGAUCUCUACUUCCUUCUGGUCCUAAUCGGCUUGGUGGUGAUAGCAACAUCAUGGAUGCUCUAAGUCCUGUACAAGCAGCUGCAAUGGCUGCAGAAAGGAGGCUUCAGGAUGAUAUUUGGUGUGCUUCAUCUCAAGAAAUGCCUGUAGAUGAGGAAUGUUGCUCUGAUUUUCCAUCAGAAACGGCACAUUCCUCUCACGCAGGUAAAUCAGGGCCCUCUAGCAAUUUAAGUAUUCGUGUGGAUGCAUUACACCAGAAAAGAAAUCGUGAAUCAGAAAAGAGUUCCAAUAUGUCUUCCCGUGGUCAUUUGAGACCUGAUUUUGUUGAUUUAUCUGAAGACGUUUUAAUCCCUGGGUCCUCUGCCGUCUAUGAUGAGGAACCAAAAAAGCGAUACAAAAUAUCAGAUAGAGUUAUAUUUCCCCAACCUUGUGCAGAAACUAGCGCAAUAGAUUUCCCCUGUUUAUCCUCUAAUUCGAUGCCAAUUCACGAUGGAACUCUUCAUCCUGAAGAACAUUCCAUGUGGGAGUGCGGGAAUUGCACCUUACUGAAUCCACCACUAGCUCCAAUAUGUGAGCUUUGUUUGUCACAAAAAUCAAAAGAUGCUGAUACCAAGUACAGAUUCUGGUCGUGUAAAUUCUGCACUUUAGAAAACAGUGUGAAGUUGGAAAAAUGCUCAGCUUGUGGUCAAUGGAGGUAUUCUCAUGGUCAGCCAGUGUCGACUCGAGGACCGAAUCUCGGCACUUGAGGGGCUGCUGAUAUAUCCUGGUGAGACUUUUGAACUUCUUGAUAAGUUAGACUGAUUUCUAGGAAAAUUAAGUUGCAUCUAGCCUUUUGAAAUUUGGAAUGCUUCUGUUAUUUUCCUACUGAGAGAAUAUCCAAUUGAGUAACUGAUGCAGUUCAUUUUGGUGUUCUUGUCAUUCCUUGGAUCAACUCAAUAUGUAAUCAGCAUAUGGUAUUAUCUUAGAAGAGCCUGAUGAAUUUUGUGUGAAACUAAGGAAAUUUUUUGUCAUCCAUUUUGGAAUUGAGCUUCAUAGAAAAUUUUGUUCUAUUGUUGA